AAAUCCUGCUUCUGCUUGAGCCUUGAGGAGGAACCCACCUCGCCGGCGUAAAAGUAAAACGAACCUGGGAAGGAAGAGCAUCCGCGUUUAUUUACAGCAGGCGGUAACUUUAUUUAAAGCGUCUUCCAACGCAAGGAACCAUUACAAAUUGGAAUCGCCCCCUUCUUCCUCUUCUUCUUCUUCUUCUACGUCCCGCUCAUCUCAUCCACCGCCAUCACACGCACGCGCCCGCGCGGCAGAGCUCCAUCGGUUUCGAUGGAGGAGAAGCGGCUCUGGAGGGAGGCGGCGCUCAUGGUGCCCGAGACCCUCCUACUCGUCGGCACCUCGGAGGGGCUUCUCGCCAGCAUCAACGACGCCUGCAAGCUGCUCGGCGAGGACAUCUGGGGAAGCCCCGAGGACGACGACGACGUCGAGGUCGAGGUCGUCGUCUCUCCCGAGGAGAGCACCACCGGCGGCGGCUCCGACUCCGACUCCGGGCGCCGCUUCGGGGCCCUCUUGAGGACUGCCAACAGCUGCGGCCUCGCGCACACCACCGUCGGAUCCCCCUUGUUCACCACCCUCGACGGCGACCAGAGCUACGGCUCUGGGUUCCCCAGCUACUCCCCCUUGAUGAACACCACCGGCGGGCGGAGGUACGGCUCCGCGGCCGCCAUGGACACCAGCGAUGGCGAGGCCGAGAUCGCCCCCUACGACGAGCGCAUCCACAACGAGCUGCUCGACGCCGGCUUCGACCACUGGGCCAACCUCCUGGCCAGCGCAAUCAGCCCCAGCGGACCCCUCACCGCCGCCCACCGCGAGAUCACGCGCCUCGUCGCGCUCCACGGCGAGGCCGGCCACGUCCUGGCCCUCUCCGCCGCGCGCCUCGGCCUCCGCGACGACGGCCCGGCCUGGGCGGCGCGCUGCGACCACCGGGCCGCUUUCCUCCCCAACGCGCACGACGCGCUGCUCAGGCUGAGCGCCGCGGCGUCGGCCACCGCGGCCGCCGAGGACUUCCUCCGCUGGCGGUCGCCCGAUUCCCCGCGCCGGAGCCAGUGGGGCUCGGUGGCGAGGAAGCUCGUGGGGGACGCCAGACGCGACGUCCUGGAGGCCCGGCGCGCCGUGGAGCUCAUGCGCGACGCCGCCGUGCGCGAGUUCUUCGACGCCUGGGCGCUCCUCAAGCGCGCCGCGCCCUGACUGCACUCCAACCGCAUCAUCCGACCCGAAUGGACAUAUAUUGUUUUGAUUGGCGAAUCAAUUUCUGAGAUCGAUCAGGUGUGGAUCAAUCAAUCUAAGCUUUUUAGCUGAAUCGCAAACAACAUCUGAAGAACACCAAGUGCAUGCCUAUUUCUGAAACUUUUUCGCUCAACUGUAACUGCAACAGUAUCUGCAAAACACCAAAUGCAUGCUAGUAUUUCUGCAA